AUGACUUGUAGUACCGAAGCAUUAUGGCUGACCAUAAGGGCACCGGGCUCUCAAAGUCUCGAUAUCUUGACAGUAUAUCGCUUCCCGAGAAAUGACCCUGACGCUGAUGCCCAACUGCUGGAGGAGCUCAGAUUAUUUUCAACGCGGCCGACUUCUCUCAUCGUUGGAGAUUUUAAUGCACCUCACAUCGGCUGGAGCGCGGCCUCAGCCGACUGCUCUGAAGCAGCAUUUGACCAGCAGCUACUGUAUACCUCCGACAACCUGUUUCUCACACAAUACGUAAUAAUUCCAACGAGAGUUCGAGAAGGCCAACAGAUGAACUGCCUCGAUCUUUUGUUCACCCAGUCGUCUGACAAGAUCGACUUUGUGAAUUGCCUCCCCUUGUUGGGUCAGAGUGACCAUGUAGUUCUCAUGUGGGAAUACGCAUUAUUCUCCCUGCCUGCACAACCGCUCGAUUCCCGACCUAAUAUUUGGCGCGGCGAUUUCGAUUACUGGGCAUCCACUCUCUCCGGCGAUGUCGAAGAGGCUUGGUGUCAGUUUAAAGAGUUAGUCCGCAACCUCAUCUCCAACCACUGCCCAAUCAUGCAUAGAAGACUAACAAAUAGACCUCGCUGGUUGACUCCGUCCUUAAAGAAGGAAGUUAACAAGAAGAGGAAGCUAUGGAAAAGAUCACUGACGGAUCGAACGCCAGAAUCCCUAAGCAGUUAUAAGUUACAGAGAAAUCGGGUCAAAAUUCUCCUCGCCAGAGAUAGGAAAGCUUUUGAAAAGAAUCUUUUGAACCGUGCCAUGAUUAAUCCAAAAAUCCUUUACAGCUACAUAAGACAGAGCACACGGAACAAAGAUCCCGUCCCACUGCUGCGAACGACUGAGGGUGUGGAAAUCUCCGAUGACAAGGAUAAGGCUGAACAUCUCUCUCAGUUCUUCCGAUCAGUCGUGACAAGUGAACCUGCUUUUUCCUCACCCGCUUAUGAAGACGAAGAAACGCCUACCCUCGAAGCCGUCUUCUUCACCGAAACAAUUGUUCGGAAUGAGUUACUAAACCUAAAAGAAUCGACCUCCCGAGGCCAUCCCGGCCAAGCUGCUGAAGGAGUUAGCUCCCGAAAUGUCCAAGCCGUUAGCCUUGGUCUUUCAAACGUCAUUCGUUACUGGAUGCCUGCCCUCUGA